GCAAAACGCGGUCACGCCUUCUUUUCCGGAUCCGGCGCGGGACAUUGCCGCAUUUCGACGCGACAAUGACUGCUUCUCGUCCUCCGAAAGGUACGCAGCCUCCAUCCUGGGCGGCUUGGCGGGACCGUGGCGAUGCCGGAAAAUACAGAAAGCACAUCGGUUCGGUCGCCACAACGGCGGAAAACAUGUCCUAUUUACGCAAUGGGACGGAGAUUUCGAGCGCCGACCACGGAAUGCGGGGCCUUUGUGGCAGGAUGUUGUGCUCUGUUUUCCGCUGUCGAAGUGAGUUUGGCGGCCCCGAGCUCGUACAUAAGCUCGUCUGCUCGCUCGUGACGUCUUUCCUUCCCUCCACCCACCACCGUUCGUUCGUUCCUCUUCCUUUGUUGCCCUGGGCCCCCUCCGGUCCUCGCCAAAGAUGCGAUUCUCUCUCGCCCCCACGUUCCUUGCGUCCCUGCUGCUCGUGUUCUCGCCAGCGACGGCGACGACGACCAACGUCAAGAGCAAAACCUCGCGCAUCGUCGCCUCGCGCCAGCACUCCAUCCCGCGCACGCUCGUCAAUCGCGAUCUCAUCGACAUUUGCGCGAGCGUCGACGUUUCCGCGGUUCUCCACCUUCUUCCGCCCUUGGUCGAUAUCCCGAGCUUGGACGGGAAGAUCUGUCUCUGUAUCGACGACCUGGACAUCUUCUUGUCGACUUAUAUCGACGCGACGGUGCUCUUGACCAUUUUGAAGGGACCUCUCAAGGCCGCCCUCGCUUUGUUGAUCAACACCGACCCUACCCGCGCUCACUGCCCUCCGGUGCCGCCGCACGCUUCGCGUGUUUGCAAGGUCGACGAUCCCUGUGGCAUCCAGUGUGACAAGGGUUACACGCGUCACGGCAACAUUUGCUGCCCUCCCUCCGGAUGCCCGUCUGCUGCCUUGACUCGUCCCAACAAGCGUCGCCUUUCUUCCCGCGUCACCACGUACGAGGAGGCGCAGAAGACAUGCCGCCCUCGUGAGAGCGUUUGCGGUAUCGCGGGACAUGAAGGCACUCUCGACUUUGAGUGCGUCGACACGACCUCUACCCUCGAUAGCUGUGGUGGUUGCGUUACGCCUCACGGAUUCCCAGCCGCCGCUAUUCAAUCCUCGGGUGUCGAUUGCGCUGCACUCCCCAACGUUGUCGAGGUUGGAUGUAAGGCCUCCAAGUGUGUCGUCAACCGCUGCAAGGAGUCCUUCGUGCCUUCUAGCGAUGGUAGCCGCUGCAUCUCUAUUGCCGCCAAACGUCAACUCGAUCUCGGAUCUCUGGGUAGCACCGAUGUUGACUCCACUACUACGCUGGACUCCUCGCUUACCAGUGAUCUGUAUGCCGCCAUUGACCUCGUCGUGCGGCUCGGCGACGCCCAUUCGCAGACGACAACACCGUCAGACGUGGACGAUCUCAUCGACGCUACAUUGAAGGCUACCGGCGCUCUGCUGGGAUCCAACACUGUUUCUGGUCUUGUGGAUGCGACGAACGAUCUGUUGGCGAAGACGAACGCCGCCGUGGCUGGCCUGACCUCUUGCAAUUGCGCGGACAACCUCCUCGACCUCUUGUUGAAGAUCGUCGUCCAGCUCAACAUCGUUCUUGGUGAUAUGCACAAGGGACCCGUCACGUCUCCUGCACCUCCGGGUACUUCGCCCUCGAACCCAUCGCCGGUGAAGACCCCGGAUGGUGGCGACAUCAUGCUCGACCUGGACCACCUUCUCACCGAGCUUGGGCUCGGUAGCUUGUUGGACGUCGGAACGAUCGACAUUCAGGGCCUGGGUCCUGGCCUCAGCGCGCUGGUGCAGGGCUUGUUGAACGCUCUUGACCUGGGUCCUGCCGUCCCCACCAGCGGGUCCGGCGCCAAGGGCACGUCUGGGACAGACGUCAACGCUGUCAUCGAUAGCGAUGUUCAGGCCAACAUCACUGCCAUUGUCGACAUCGUCCUCAAGCUCGGCGGGGCUGGAAGCCUCACCGGGGGCUCUUCCUCAUCAGGCUCGAUAGAUCCUCUCGUCCAAGUUCUCCUGAAUGUGACCGCCGACCUUCUGGCCUCUUCGACCCUCACGGACCUUGUCGUGAACCUGAACAAUCUCGGCCACGCUGCUCACAUCCUCAGCAAGGCAGGCAUCGCGUGUAGCUGCCUCACCACCAAUGUCGACAAACUCAUCGCCGAUUUGGUGUCGCUCCUCGACUACACGCUUGCCUACGUCGAUACCCAUACCAUCACCACCCCGCCUGCCGGUGGCUCCGGGUCAUCUGGGUCGUCGGGUACUGGCAUGCCUACGACUACUGGCGAUGGAGGCCAGAUCUUGGUUGACCUCAAGACCCUGCUUAAGGCGCUCGGGCUUGAUGGCUUGCUCGACGUGGGCACCAUCCAGGUGGACGGGCUCGGCCCCGAACUCAGUGCGUUGUCGCAGCAGCUGGUGAAUGGGCUGGACUUGGGUCCGCAGUAGACUCAUGAAGGGGAGGGUUACGUGUGCUUCUGUUCAGAUCGGUUCUCGCGUCGUGUUCUCGCUGGUUCCGUCCCUCGGGCGGCCUUCUCGCCUUUUGCCACUUUUCGUGACGUGUUUUCUUUCAUUUUCCGGACGUUCAUAUCUUCACGGCGACUCACCAUUUCUCGACUGUCUUUCCGUGUUGCUUUCUAUGCGUACCUUACCUUUAC